AUGGGCGUUUGGGAGACAGAUGAUGAGUAUCUGAGCGGGCCGGCUGCUACUUCGCUGCCGACCCCUUUGGAUACUCCCUACCGAACACCUUCAAGGACAUCAAAAAAGUCACGGCGCUCUGUCACACCACCAGGACCAGAUUCUUCUCCUCCUCAACUACCGAAUGAUAUGGGCUCCAAAAGAUCAUCCAGGAAUGUCACAACCGAUGAAACGAUCAGCAUACUGGACCCUCGACGAUUUACUCCCACCUUGCAUGCCAACUUAGUAUCCGAGAUUUUGAACCUUCGUCGAGAUCAGGACGAGAAAACUCGACAGAUUGAAGCACUCGAAGCAUCUCUGCACGCGAUAAAAGAGGAGAAGGACUCGCUGAAACAGAACCUCACCGAAACAGGCAAGGAAAGCAGAUCUCUCAAGCGACAACUUUCUCUCCUGGAAGGUGGAUCUUCCUCAGCACUAAGAGAGUUGGCCCGCGAGAAGGAAGAUGCUGUUGAAUCUGUCGCUGAUACAAGAAAGCGACUGGAAACUCUUCAAAAGAAGCUUCGAGUCCAAGAAGAGGAUUCGGUCAGAGUCCACAAUCUAUGGGCUCAAGAGAAGGAAGGUUGGGAGAACGAACGACGGAAGUUCGAACAUCGGCUUCACGUCGCGGAAAAUCGCCUACAAAUUGUUCUCAACGAAGUCGCCGCAUACCAACAAACCCAGUCGAAGAACACACAUGCUGGGGCGAUUCCUGGUCAUGAUAGCGAAGCUGAGGAAAGUGGUCGCGAGAACGAUGGUGCAAGCAUCAGAACUAUGAGCAUGACCAAUAGUGUUCGGUUUUCCGUGACAAGUGGCAUUGGAGUGUUGAGAAUGAAUGGGAACACCUUGGCUGAUGAACUGAACUUUGACGAUGAGGACGAGCAAAGUGACUUCGACAAUGGCCGGGAAAGCGCCAUGUCAAACUACGCACCGUCUUUCCAUGCACGAAAUCUCAGCCGAGACAGCCCAGUAAAGCGAUUCCAUGCUCGAAAUCAGAGCUUGGAGAGUAUCAAGAGGACAGGAAGCGUAACUCGCGGCCGACUUUUUAUGAACGAUCCCGUACCAGAAGCUUUGGAGGAUGAGGAGAAUGAGAAUGCGACUCUUUCUGUUGUCACAGCGCCCAAAGUUUCGUACGUCGACAGUGGGAUUCAAUACUCGCCACCACCUUCGCCUAAGCUGUCUCCUGUGAAACCUGCGACACCCGAGCGUCUGAAUCGUACCAAACCCUCAGAAGUUGAGUGUUCACCUAGAGAUGGCGAGAUUGAAGCCAACCAGCGCCGCAAGCGUGUUCGCCCAUUCAGUUUCGAACCUUUAGCGACUCGUGAGGUUAUGGUCUCAACUGCUGUUCAAACGAGCGAAGAGCCAUUAAUACCCCCCAUGACGCCCAAAUCGCCUACUCGCCCACCUCCACCACCUCCAGUACAGCCUCCCGUGGUAGAAAAGCCUCUUAUGGUUGCGUCCUUUACGCAGACUGAUAGUCCACCUACUCACCCAUCUCCUGCAGCACCCAGUCGCUUGCCAUCCCCUCCCCCACUUGCAAUUCCAAGUAUUAGCGUUCACCCCCCAAGCAGUCGCCCCAGCACACCCAGAGAACCUCGGUUACCUGUUCUUCAUAAAGACUUUGGCUGCCAAGUCAAGUUAUCUGAGCCAACAUCAAAAUCAACAGCUGAAGUAGCCGUACAAACAGAAGGCAUUCAGACAGACAAGCGAAUGGCUUUACUUCCCGCUCAUCUUCAGCCAUCUGCUAUUUCCUCGCGGCCUUCUUCGCCCAACCCGUCUGGCAUUGACGUAACAAAGAACUUUACACCGGUCCCCGGCAACGUGCCGCCACGAAACCCGCGUCGAUUGGGUAGGCAGAGCUUCAGCGACCAACCCUCAUCCCCGAUAUCCUUACCUGAGGAGGACUCGUUUCAUGAUAUAUAUCCAGGAGGCAACGAUGAUGGCCCCCUUUCUAGCCAAAGAGCUCCAAUGAGACGACCACCUCGUUUUAGUAGUCUUUUCGCUGGGUUUGAUGGUGGAAGCUCUGACGAAGCGGAUGAGUUUGGCGAUGCCGAUUUGAGUGAUUUGGAGUAUCGAACGGCAUUAUCUGCGCCUCGACCCAAGUCCAUUUCGAGUCGUUUUGGCAAGCGUAGCUCAACUGGAACCACAACCACCAUCGGUACCAUCCCAACAUCUCCUGAGCAGAUUAUGGUGCGUCAAGGACCUCGAGUUACCACAGAGUUUCACCAACCCUUCACGGUCAAAUCUGGAAAAGGUUUGGAGAAGAGCCCUGUUGCCAUGCCACCCAAUCGAGCCAGCGUCAUGCGCAAAGCAGCCAUGAUACAAAGUGGUAUUGCUAGUCACCAGGGCCGGCCAAGGAGCCCCAGCCUGACCGACACCAAAACUCCUCCCCCAUUCCCUAUUCCUACCAGAGCUAGCUCUAGAAACGUUCCAACAAGCACGAGUGCUCCUAGUGAUGGCCAGAGAAGUCCAACGCGGGGCGAUUUCUUCCAGCGUCGUGGAUCAGGCCGCAUCCAUCGGGCUGGCAGUGUUCGAAAAGUCCGUUCUGCCGCUGCAUUACCCCGCCAUCAACGACAUCGCAAGCAAGAUAGCCGGUCAACUGCUCCAUUGUCCCCUUCCACCGAAGCCCCUGAGAGUCCGGGCCUUCCUCCCCUGCCUAAGAACGACAUUACAACUCCUCGCGCUCGUGCUCACCAUAGUGGUCAGUACAGGCACCAGCACAAGCUCUCCACUAAUACGGACAACACCUUCAAUACCUACAAUACUGGAAACACACUCAAUACAUCCAGUACCGACCCACCUUCCACGCAGAGCGCUGCCCAAAACACGAGUGUAGUGGACGCUAUUGCUCAGACCAUGGUUGGCGAGUGGAUGUUCAAGUAUGUUCGCAGAAGAAAGUCUUUUGGUAUGCCCGAAAACAACGGCAAGGAUGAUACUGGCAACGAUCGCCACAAAAGAUGGGUUUGGCUCGCCCCUUAUGAGCGAGCUAUUCUGUGGAGCAGCAAGCAGCCAGCCUCCGGAAGCGCCCUCAUGGGCAAGGCUGGUCGAAAAUUGACAAUCCAAUCCGUACUCGAUGUUAAGGAUGACAACCCUCCACCAAAGGGGGUGGCAUCAAUUUUCAACCGAUCCAUUUUAAUUUUGACACCGCAAAGGGCUUUGAAGUUCACAGCCGACUCUGCUGAACGACAUUACAUCUGGUUAACAGCCUUAUCUUUCCUCGCACACUCGUCUCAAGCCGUUCCUGAAAACAUCUUAGCGCCGCCAGCAGUCCAAAAUACACCGAUGCCUGAGUUUGAAGCACCCCAACCAAAGUUGAAGCGUGGUGGUAUAAGAGACUCAAUCCGCCUUGCCAAGGGACGCACGGUUGGUCGUGCUGUACCACCCAGUGUUCCCAGUAUCCCCAGCAUUCCAAGUGUGCCAUCUUCACAGGUGGGGGACAUGACGAACUUCCCAACGAUUGAACCUGCUGGAGGAUUCACAAGUCGAGAUGAUUCGAUAGAUGCAGCACAACCCCCAUUGAUACCACGCUUCCAUGAUCGCAACCAAGCCGCGGCUCAUGGUCGCAAGCGGAGCAACACAGGUGGCCAUGUACCACCACCACUUUCUUUCCGAGGGUUCUCUGGUCCUAUCACGGGUCACCAGUCGACCAACAGCACCACCGAUCAGAGUAUUGGGACGGCAGAUUCUGAUAUCUACCAGUCACACACAUCAAGUAACGGAGCAUGGGCAAUGAGCCAAACGGGCUCACACCAAGCAUCAGAAGCUUCAUCUCAUGCAGGCAACUUCUUUGAUGCUAUCGGUACCGUGCGAAUGGAGGCUUUCAUUAGCCCAUUGGCAUUCUCUCAAAUCAACAACUAUCCUAACGAACAAGACCAAUUCCGGCACUCACUUCGAAGGCGAAGCAAGGAACAACGAAGACGAAGAAGUCGAAGCCGACACCGAGAUAGCUACAAUUCUCGCAGCACCCGUACAACAAACGACGACUACUAUUACGGAAGUAGAACAGCUGGAGAGGAAGACUUCUUCCGCGAUGACCCUUUCAAGGGAUUCUAG